GUGGCCUUUUCCUGCAGGCAGCACAGCUUCCAGGGUACGUGUGGGCCGUUGAGGAAAGAGGACAUGAGAGGAGCUGGUCUGCAUGCGGCUUCCUGCGCUAUGUUAUAAAGACUCCCCUCCCUCCGGCUAACCUCCACAAUCUUUCUCAGACAACUGUGGUACGAGUAGGGAGCUGGUCUCACCUAACAGAGGCGUCCAGGAGACUCCCCUCUAUGUAUUCUCUAGCUGGUGCCUUCCUCAACAAGAUGAGCAAGAUCCAGGUGGCGGAGGGAUAUCAGGUUGGAGGAAGGCGUGCGGUGGUGGCGUCUGAUGCGGUUGCUGCAGAGGGAUAUGUGAAGGAGUUUACGCGCCACUCCAACGACGUCCUGCUGAAUCUGAAUGAGCUGAGGCACCGGAACAUUCUGACUGAUGCCACCCUCAUGGUGGGCGCUGCCCAACUGCAGGCUCACUGUGCUGUGCUCAUUGCCUGCAGUGGGUUCUUCUACUCCCUGUACUGCCAUCGUGUGUCCUCCCCCGUACAGAGUGGUGCUGGAGGCCAGGCCCUAACCCUGUCUCUCCCUGACUCCCUGGACCCCUCCAGCGUCUCCCUGCUUCUGGACUUCAUGUACACCUCCCGGCUGCCCCUCACGUCACACACCGUCCCCGGGGUGCUCGCCGUCGCCACCUACCUGCAGAUGGACCACGUGGCUGACACCUGCAGAGCGUUCAUGUUACACAUUGAGAGGAUGAGGGGGACGCCCCCUCAAGUGGAGCUGGACUCCACGGUGUCUGCAGUGUUUGAGGCACCCUCAGGGGGAGUUCCUCCCAGUCCCCUUAUCAAUGGAAGACCCCGCCCGUCUGUUCUCGCUGUCUCCACCCCCUCACAGCCCGCAGUGGAGGCUGAGGGCCAUAUUUGCCCUGACUCAGCCAGGGUCCCUGGAGACAUCCGGGCCUCUCUGCAGCCAGGGACUUUCCUGACCCGUAAGCCCAGGUCAAAGGAACUAAAGUUGGAGCCUGAAUCCCCUCUCCCCACACCCUCUCCAGAAAGCCCAUCCCGCUCCAGCUGCCAGCCCAACUCUCCUGCUGAGUCCAAAACCUGUAACAUGGGUGAACCCAAGAACAGCCCUGACCCUAAGGCGUGCAACUGGAAGAAGUACAAGUACAUCGUCCUCAAUCCAUUCUGUGCCAUAACCACAGUGAAGGAGGAGGAGCCUGAGGAGGUCCAGCAGCAGCUUAGGCACACCCCCACCUCUGAUAGGAUGGAGGUGACAUUGAAGCCAACUAUAGAGGUGUGGCCAGGGGAAGGAUCUGGCCAAAAUGACAGGCACGUCUCCUGCUAUGAUGUCCCUGGCCUUAGCCCUCCUCUGGUGCCCCUCACAGGGCUGUCAGCACACUCUGCAGACCACCCCAUGGAGCCUCCCACCUACAAGGAAGGAACAGCCUCGCCUUGCUAUCUGGCACCCCGCCCAUUGGAGCCAGAGGCUGCCCAUCACUGCCAACACCCAAUCAAGCGCAAGAAUUACGGCUUGCCAUUCCGUUACUCCGGCAACCUGAGCGUGAUAAAGGCUGUCUGCACAGGUAAGGCAGCCCCUGCUGCCGGCAAUAAGCCGUACCGCUGCAACGUGUGUGGCGCCCAGUUCAACCGGCCCGCCAAUUUGAAGACUCACUCCCGCAUCCACUCUGGAGAGAAGCCCUACCACUGUGAUACCUGCGGGACCCGAUUCGUUCAGGUGGCCCACCUGCGAGCCCAUGUUCUGAUUCACACAGGGGAGAAGCCCUAUCCCUGUCACACCUGUGGCACUCGCUUCCGUCACCUGCAGACCCUGAAGAGCCACCUGCGUAUUCACACGGGCGAGAAGCCUUACACUUGUGAGAAGUGUGACCUGCACGUCCGCCACAAGAGCCAGCUGCGUCUCCACCUGAGGCAGAAGCACGGCGCCGUCACCAACAACAAGAUCCACUACAAGGUCCUGGCCGACCCCUACCAGUCCAUCCUGCAGGCCUGUUAAAUGUCUUCCCUUUGAACCCGGACUUUAACCCCUAACCCCAUUAUAACACCUAAACAUAUAGUUGGAAGUACAUGGGUCCUGUAUGUGAUUAGCCAAUCAAGCCAUGAUGUUCUAAUAUGAUUUGGAGAGAGAAGAGAGAGAGAGAGAGAGAGAGAGAGAGAGAGAGAGAGAGAGAGAGAGAGAGAGAGAGAGAGAGAGAGAGAGAGAGAGAGAGAGAGAGAGAGAGAGAGAGAGAGAGAGAGAGAGAGAGAGAGAGAGAGAGAGAGAGAGAUUUGACUGUAUUAGAGUGAUAGAUGUAGUAAAUUGCAAUGAGGUUGGGAGCUGUAGAAAUGGAUAGAGCACGUGAAAGAAAGUUUUAUUUAUUUUCCAGUCUCACAGGUAUUUUUAGAGACUGGGACACAUUAUGGAUCGUUGAGUAUUUGGAAGGGAUACUACAAAGAUGUCAUUGCUUAACAAUAUAGACAAAGAUAGGUCAAAGAUCAUGAUGCCCUCAGCACUAACGUGUUGACUACCCCGAUUGUGACAGCUUUAAAUAGCUUUUUAACUAAUGUUUAUUUUUUACAUACUUGGGGCUUUUGUAUAAUGAUGUGUCAUAUUGGAUCAGAUAUUUGCCCGUUACAUCCCUGCUGUGUUUUUCUAAAGCUUUUUAUUUAAAUGUAAGAUUAUAACUUGUCAUCCGUGAUUAAUUAUAAUAUUAUUUCGGAGUCCAAGCAGGCACAGGACUUCCGGCUCUUGUAUAUGUAUGAAUAUGGGCUCUCAGAGCAUAAAAGCUAGAUAAUGCUACUGUAAAAAAUGGAUGAGAGAUGAUAUUGAUAUCUGAAAUUGUAUGGUGUUCUUUUGCUGGACAAAGACGAGGACUGUUUUAUACCAAUUAAAUGAAAUUGAUUGCCAUUAACUACAAAUGAGUUGUAUCUUUUUAAGUUGUACUGUAUGUGUUGAACGUGUGAGGACUAAAUAACAUACCCCCUGGA